AUGAUUUUACAAGAGCAGAUCGACCUUCUCAUACACAAAAGAGCGAAUGAUAAUAAUGGCGAUGGCGGAGUCAUUAUUGAAGAUGAUCCAUUCAGUUCUUCCUCGUGGAAAUGGGGAAGAUGGAUUUUUUUUAUUUUUUUCGUAAUUGCUAUCCUUAUACUGUUAUUUUCAGCUGCAAAAGUAAAUAGGAGAAGACGAAUCAUGGGUCAGGCUCCCAUUAGAGGAACUGCUUGGUUAACCCCGCCCACAUAUAGGCAAUCCGAAAGAGACUACAAUGGCACACAGCGCUGUGUUGAAGACUACGUCCCGGAGUAUACAGAAACAACGAAUGAAAAUGAUUUGGGGUUUUAUGACGAACGCGGGGAGUUUCACCCUAAUGGCAAAACUGAAUAUUUACCGCCGCCGCCUUUAUCGGGAGACCGAGCUGAUUCGACAGACAAAGAUUUACAGCGCCCAAAAGCUGCUGUAGUACGAGUGUCCAGUGAAAGUGAAUUUGAUUUGAAUUUGAUGCGACCUACUAUGAAUAAUUUCGAUAGUAAUGGAAAUAGUCGCGUCGGGCAGAAUUCUCCAAUAAUCACAUCGUCUUCCUUUGACGUUGAUUCCACACCUGGAAGGCCUAAAACGACUAAGUGA